CACUUCGGUGUUUCGCCCAACGUGUGCAUGACGGCAACUUCCUGGUCACCAUCAUGUCGGUGUUCAUGGACUUAAACGUGACUUUCUCGCCAGAUAAACAAAACAUGCAGCAAUUAAUCGACAUGGCAGCUCAUCUUGGUUUCUCCACAGUGGCUGUCAACUACACGUUUGAACCAGCGACCAAAAAGAAACAGGCCAUUCCGGCACCCAAGCCAAUAGAUGAGCUCAUUGAUCAGCUGCCCAUUGUCCAGGGUCGCUCUCGACCAAUCAGAGUGCUCAACAGACUGACUCUGGUGAUGUCAGAGCUGAGUCACUUUAGGCCAAAUCCUACAGAGUACACUGGGUAUGACUUGCUGGCAGUCCAACCAAUGACAGAAAAACUUUUUCAUGCGGCGUGCACACAGCUGGACGUGGACAUCAUCAGCGUGUCAGUGACAGAAAAACUUCCUUUCCUCUUCAAGAGAGCGCCAGUCAACGUGGCUUUGGCAAGGGGGCUGGCAUUUGAAGUUUCAUUCGCCUCAGCCAUCCGAGACGCCACCUUGAGGCGCUACACGAUUGCAAACGCUGUUAGCCUGAUGGAGGCCUGCAAAGGGAAGAAUGUGCUGCUGUCCAGUGGGGCGGAGAAGCCUCUGGAGCUGCGAGGACCUUAUGACAUCAUCAACUUAUGCUCGUUGAUCGGUCUGUCAGAUUCGGACGCUAAGCGCUCGGUUUCCUGCGUGUGCCGCUCACUUUUGUUGCAUGCUGAAACCAGGAAGACAGCAAGUGGUGUCAUUUUCACCCAAAAGACUUGCAGCACCUCCCCCAGCCAGCAGGAGGCAGCCCCCCCUCUAGGUGGCACUGGCGAAGGCACCCCUUGCAGAGGUGACGGUCCUGCUGCCAAGCGACUCAAAAGUCAGCUGACGGAAGACUCCCAGACAUAAGUUAUUCCCCCCCUCCGCUGCUACCAGCCCAGAUAACAGGAUCUUAAGAUCGCAGGGGUUUUACUUUUUGAUUGCAGCAGAUUAAAAGUUCAUGUUCAUGCCAGGAUGUCUUCAGAAUAAAACUCCUAC